AUGUUCGAGGUACUUCUAAACCUCACGGCACAUCCGAUUCCCUUCGUCCUUUGUCUUCUGCCCGUUGUUGUCCUAGCAGUGCACGUUGUACCGUAUUUGGUCGACGAGCAUGGUCUUCGCCAAUACCCCGGCCCUUUCUUUGCGAGAUUCUCCGAUGGUUGGCUCUUCUGGGUGUCCAGCAAGUUCAGGAGGACCAACACUGUCGACGAGCUGCACCAGAAAUAUGGACCUUUCGUACGGAUUGCGCCGAACCACAUUUCGAUUGUUUCUCCGGAAGCGGUCUCAGCGGUAUAUGGCCACUCCACCGGGACAACGAAGUCAGCUUUCUACGACACCUUUACGUCUUACCGUGCCAUACGCGGGAUAUUCAACGCGCGCUCGCGCACCGAACAUGCUCGUAAGCGACGCGUCAUGGCUCAUAUGUUUUCCCCGCAGAGCGUGCGCGCCUUCGAGGGCCCGAUCAAGGUUCAUCUGCAAACUCUGUUGAACCAGUGGGACAUCAUGUGCAACAGCGCGGUGCGCAAGGAUGAAGUGAAGACUGGCACACUGGGGUCCAGCACGUGGGAGGUGCGCGGCGGCUAUGUCUGGUUUGAUGCACAGUUUUGGUGCAAUUUGUUCACGUUUGAUGUCAUUGGUGAACUCGCCUUCGGCUCUCCUUUUGGUAUGCUUUUGCGUGGCCAGGACACCGCCAGGAUAAGGAAGUCUCUUACAGCUGGAAUUGCCUCCUAUGCACUCGACGAGUCCACCGCCCAGGAACCUGCGGCUCAAUAUGAGGUCGAAGAAAUCGAUGCUAUCGACGCAGUUAGUGCGCGCAUGGAGGUUUCUCCCAUUCUCGGUGUGCUUCCCACGUACGUGCGCGAGUUCGUGGAGCGCAUGCCGCAGCACCGUCGUGGCCUGAAGGCGCAGGGCCAGUUGAUCGGCCUGGCGGCGGAAGCUAUCUCGCGGCGCCUUGCCGCCGCCCGCCAGGCGGAAGAUGAAGGGAAGAUCUUUGAUGAUAUGUUUGGGAAAUUAUUGAACGGUCGAGACGAGAACGGAAACCCAAUGACUGAGCGGGAGUUGACUACGGAGGCCGUUACGCUGCUAGUCGCAGGAUCCGACACAACUUCCAACUCGCUGGCGACCGUGAUAUUCCAUGUUGCCCGCAACCAGAAUGUGCAGAAGAGACUCCAGGCCGAGCUGGACGCUGUGGCCGGCUCAGACUCGAGCAUUUUGCCGUUUGUUGACGUCAAAUCCUUGCCGUACCUCGAGGCUGUCAUCAACGAGGGCCUCCGCAUUCUCACCGCGGUUGGUUUUGGUCUCGGUCGUGUCGUUCCCGAAGGAGGCAUCACGGUGCUCGGCCACACUUUUUCUGCAGGCACAGAGAUCAGCGUGCCCUUAUAUAGCAUGCAUCACUCCGAGGAAGUGUGGGGCGCGGACGUGGAGGAGUACCGUCCCGAGCGCUGGUUGGAUGCUGAGAAACGGGGCGAGUUAAUGAAGGUGUUCAACCCUUUCUCCUUGGGACCCAGGGCCUGCAUCGGACGCAACGUCGCCCUACAGGAACUGACAUUGGUCCUCGCCGCCGUUUUCCGUCGUUACGAUAUUGUCCUGCAACCGGGUCGAGAGUUCGGAGUGCACGACAAUUUCGUUCGCAAGCCGCAUGAGUGUGUGGUUGGGAUCAAGCGUAGAGAGAUAUGA